AUGGGAAGAGCUGCACUGGAAGAAACUAUUCGUAGGCAGAAUGAAGAACUUCGUCAGGUGAGAAAUCAACCGGAGCCGCCAGAGCCAGAAAAUAGAGACCCACCAGCUGCGUUGGUAUAUCCUACUGCAGAGGCUAGACAUGAGAUGUUAGCAGAGAGGUUUCGAAAACAACACCCGCCCGAGUUUGAGGGAGGCAUAGACCCAGUGGUGGCUGAAGAGUGGAUGAGUCGCAUAGAAAAUAUUUUGCAGAUGCUAAGGGUCAAUGGGAAUGACCGAAUGAAGUGUGCAUCAUACAUGUUGAGGAAAGAUGCUCCUAUCUGGUGGGAAGUGGUGGAACAAACAAAGGAUGUGAAUACCAUGAGCUGGGAUGAUUUCAAAAGGGUAUUUAAUGAGAAAUAUUAUAACUCAGCAGUGUUAGCAGCAAAGGUUGAUGAAUUUACUGGAUUAGCCCAAGGGAGCCUUACUGUUACAGAGUAUGCACAAAAAUUUGAUAGAUUGGCAAAAUUUGCUCCAGAUUUGGUACCUACUGAUAGAGUGCGAGCACAUCGAUUUGUGGAAGGCCUGAAACCAAUGAUUGCUCGGGAUGUAGAGAUUGUGUCAAGGGGUCAAUUCAGUUAUGCUCAAGUUGUCGAAAUGGCUCUUACAGCUGAGCGAAGUGAAAACAAAAUUUGGAAGGAAAAUGCUGCUAGGAGGGAAUCUAAGAAAGGUGCAGCCAAUUCUAAUGACCACAAGAAAAGGGGACAAGAUCAGCCCGGACAGUCAAGUCAAGACAAGAGGUACAAAACUAAUAACAACCACCGAUCUAAUGGAAACAAUGGACGCAAUGUUCCAGAAUGUCUUAAAUGUACUAAACGUCAUCUCGGAGAGUGUAGGGCGAAUGCAUGUUACAAAUACGGAAAAGAAGGUCAUAUUAAACGUAAUUGUCCAUUGUGGGGACAAAGUGAGAACAAGGAAGAUUCAAAGGAAGACGAUAAAUAUGUUCCGACGAGGGUCUUCGCUAUAAAAGAAGCAGGACAGAGUGAUGACAAGUGUUGA